AUGGGAGCAAGCAGCUCGCGUGACCGACGUUCUCGACACCAAGCCCACAAUGGCGCCAACGCGCCAUCGCCGCCGGCAAACAUGCCCACACACUUAGCAAGUCAAUACAGCAAUCAGCGACAUUCGUUAACCAACGGCAACAACGUGCCGUCGCGGGAGCAACAGGGUCCCCAACGUACGCCGCGGCAACAGCAACAACAACAACAACAGCAACAGCAACAACAACAACAGCAACAACCACAGCAGCAGCAGCAGCAGCAAGCGCCACCCACAGAAAACAACAACAACAAUGGUAAUGGAGCUUCAAACAAUCAGCGUGGCGUCCAGGAGGGACAGAUCGUGAAGAUGCUGGCCACCAUUGAUGCGUCUUCUGUGAGUUAUGAUGCGGCUACCCACAUACUGACCUUCUCCGUAACGAGUGUGUGCCCCUCCCUGACGUACGAGAUUCAUACGGGUGUGAAGGAGUACAUCAAGGAUGGCGAAGUCUUUUAUAUGCCGAACAAGCCCAAAAUGGAGCCGCCUCGCAUCUCCCUUGAGGGCCCGCAAGAGAAUAGGAAGAUCACGGCUAAGAUCGAUGUAUCCAAGCUUGAGGAAAAGGAGCGCGUGUACAACAAGCACUACCCCAAGCAGCAGCCGUGCGUUAUUAUGCUGCGCUACCGCACGAAGGAGGUGCGUAAGAGGGACGGUGGCGGCAGCGGCGGUCUGGGCUCUGCGGAGGAGGGUGUCGAGCACACGGAGCACACUGCCGUCGACCUCGCCGACAACCCGAAGCGGCGCGUGAUCAGUCAAAUCAUCACAGCUGGCGGGUCGGCGUACGUGGUAGAGGACCUCUUCGGCGUCGACGGUGACAACCCCGGCGCGGCAGGUGGCAACACGGAGGUAAUGCUCGGCACCACCAUCGUGCCACAUGAUGGCGAGGAGGAGGAGGAUGGCCUGUGCGUCAUUUGUCUCACCAUGGCGAAGGACACGGCGGUGAUGCCAUGCCGCCACAUGUGCCUCUGCAAGGCCUGUGCGGAAGAGUUGAUGCGGCACACGCCCAAAUGUCCCGUCUGCCGCGGCUCGGUCUCGACGCUGCUGCACAUGCCGUCGCUGAGUGAUGAGCACAACUACACCACCGCCCUCAACAACAACAGCAAUAGCAGCAAUGUGUGA